GCCAAAAGAGUAGGCUGCACCGAACGCAUGCUUCCUGUCAUCUCUGUUACCUCCUCGUCGCGAACUACCUCCGCCAUUGCGCCAAAGUCCGCUUCACAUCCACACACGAAUAUUACUUUUCUUCCGAGGCUCUUCUUUUUUCUGCUGUUGCGUAGUGCUUACCUCGCGCUCACCACCUGCUGUCCACUAAGUGUACCCUUUUCCAAUCUUCUACGAGUAGCCGAUUACGCCUUUGACUCAAAGUGAUACUUCCGCCUUCCGAAGAGAGUAACCUUUUGAACCUAGUGCUGAAAUACCGUGCGGCGUGCGAGACGGAGGCACGCGGUCGCAUCGCCGAGAGUCGUCGUCACUGCGUCCGAGGGUCGCCAUGGCGUCCCACGUCGCUCGGCUCCUCGCACUCUCCGCCCUUUCUGUUCUCUUUCUCUCCGCCGCCGUGCGACAAGUGAUCGCUGGACCAUGCACAGUGAGCAACCCAGUUCCCGAAAUCAACAUCGCAGUAGAGGGCGAUUUCGCCAAGCGAGCCAAGUACCCCGCCACUCAGCUAGUGCGCAUGUUCCUCACAGCGGACAUCAAGCUGAAAGCCCCCCUGGUGCUGGACGGCAAGUUCAACUGCACCGUUCUGCGAUCCAAGGGCACCAAAAAAUACACCCUCUCGGCCACGGACAAGAAUUACCCUCCCAUGCGAAUUGUCUUCGCCAGCAACAUCCUCGUUAACGGCAUCAACGUGCAGGGGUUCGUACCCCUGGCUUCCAACCCCGAUUGCCAAUACCUCGAAACCCGCUAUCUCGACUUCAUCGGCAAGUGGAAAUGCCCCGCGAUCUGGCUAUACCGCGUAUGGGCCGUGCAGGUAACGCAAGGGCGAACGUACGGCCGGAUCGAGGUCUCUCGCGCGGCGCACACGCGCAUCGACUCCAUGACCGUUAACGUCCAUCCGUUGGACUACCCUGGCGCGAUCGUCGUGAUGCUAUCGGGCGACGGGCCGAACCUGAUCCGCAGCAACGUGCUUAUAACGAACAACAACAUGGUCGCGCUGGGGAAGCCCGGAACCGGCGCGGAGAUCGGGCUGAUGCUGUACCGAAACGCGGUCGGCGUGAACGUGAAUAAUAACCGGAUGUCGGAGUUUAAGCUCGCGAGCCUGCAGAUCGGAUUCGGGCAGUCGAACGUGGGCGACGCGAUGCUGAAUAACGUGAUGCGGAACAACAUGGUCCACACGUUCGGCACGAACGGCGACGCGGCGGGGAUCUACGUGGACACACAUUGGGUGAACCCCGGGAAUAUCCUGCGGUGUAAUUACGUGCGGCGCGGCGAGCACUGCCUGUACCUGGACUGGGUGUCGUCCGGCGUGAUCGUGGACGGGCUCGUGUGCGACAAAACGGCGGACGGGCUUAAGCUCAACACCGGGAAAUACAACCACGUGCGGGGCAUGGUGGUGAUCGAUGCGUCGGCGUUCUCGGUGGGGUACAUCUCGUGCCAGAACUACAACGUGAACAACUGCGACAAACCCAACGGGCAGAAGUGGAACGCCGAGCUGCUCAAGAGUUACCAGACCCCGGGAAUAAAAAAGUUCUUCCCCUACCUCACCAAUUUCUGCGCCAAGACCGCGCUGCACAACAUCAACUGCAACCUCGGCACCACCAGCCAGUACGGCGCAGCCGUCACUGGCCGCUGCUCGGGCCUACCCACCGAAAACUACGCGGAAAUCGUCUCGGCAAUGACUGACGGAUCCACCAAGUGGGUAUUCUACCAGGAUAACUGCAAGCCGUUCCCGGCUGUUCCCAAGCUCAACACGCUGCGGUACUUCGCGACGUCGCUGGCGAAAGCAGGGUUCACGAACGCCAAGGGGCUGGAUUUCUCGCUGACCAAGGCAUCGCCCAUCAGGAAGGCGUUCCCGGGUUUUCGGAGCUGCCCGACGAAGCGGGGCGGCCCGAGAAAGGUGAAUUUCAACUCGUACAUGAAUCUUUUCAACAUCGACAGGCCAGCGGACAAACCCAUUACAAGCAUCCUCACGUACAAGUUUAAGCCGGGCAAGUCUUCGACAAAUCCAGCUUCUGUAGCCAGUGUCAUGAACACCAGCAGCAGCAGCAGCAGCAGCAGUAGUGACAAAACCAGCAGCAGCAGCAUCGGAGACAGCUGGGUAAUGGCGACUGCAGCAGAGGAUGACGAAAGCAGCAAAUUGUUCGUUCUUCAGUCGUCAGAGAACGCGGAUCAGCCGCUCGUGCGAAAUUCAGCGACGGAUCAAAGCCAUUGGACGCCAGAGCUGGCGAGGGAAAUGAGUCCGGGUUAUGUUAGGGCGUUGGCGAAAAGCAGACGAGCUCGAGGGAGGAUUCCUCCGCGUGUAGGAAUCAGGGUGCUGCCGAAAGCUGUCUAGCGAAUGAGGUUGCAGUUAGAAAUCAGGAUGCGGUUUGGGCUCCAGAGCUUAGAGGCGUGUUCUGAUAACUACAGAAAGAGACUGAUGUAGGUACAACGAACAUAUAUUCAUGUUUAUUACUCAUACUCGUCUC